AUGGCUUACAGCCCACUGGGGAACAAAAUGGAUACCGAGGGAGAGGUAGAAGUGCCUGAUGGAUCACAAAUAGCAGACAACCAGCAUGGUGUAGGGCAAUAUAUAGAAACAGGCAGUUUCAAAUCACCUGUUGCCUCUAGGGAGAGCUCAAACAUAGACCAGAAUCAUAUUAGUGAAAUUCAACAAUCACCGGAACCGGAAGUGGAUACAAAAACGCCAGAAACAUUAGCGAAAGGGAAGCGAGAGGCAACAAACGUUCAGAUUGGAAAAAGAAGUGCUACUCUUUUUCUUAGUUCUCAUUCGUUGAAAGCAACCUCAAAACCUAAGCAGGGUAUCACAACGAAAACUCCACCGCCUGCAUCUAGAACAUCAUCAAACUUAACACAAACGUCUAGUCAAAGGAAACAGAACAUUACAAAUAGCAUUCCCCCAAAUGAACUUCUUCAGCUCAGAGUUAAAAAGGAGUUUACCUUCACUGGAUAUGACAUAAUGUCUGAUGUGGAACCUGUUCCUGUGAUUCCCGAGGAGGAACAGACCUCUCACGCAAUUCGCCAGAUGUACACAGAUUCAUGUAGACAAGUAGGAGUCAUCCCAGUUCGCUCUCUCACACAACAAUUAUGUAGUCCUGUUGUCCAACUGCGGUGUCGCUCCCUCGGCCCCAAAGGUGCUGAUGCUCUAGCCAUAGCUUUGGUCCAUAAUCCGACAGUGACUAGUCUUGAUUUAGAAGACAACGGAAUUGGAUCUGAAGGAGCGAAAAGCCUUGCUCAGAUGCUCGAAGUGAAUCAUAAUAUUACAGACGUUUGUUUAGCAGAGAAUUUAGUAUUAAAGGAAGGAUUAUGUGCAAUUACUGAUAUGAUGAAGAACAACUUUUACAUACAGUCUUUAGAUCUGACAGGGAGUGGAUUCGUAGAUAGUGAUGCUUACACAGUAGCAGACUUACUAGAAAACAAUAAGAUUCUACGGGAGUUGAUACUUAGUCAUAAUCAAUUUGGUGAAAAAGGUGGAUACGUUCUUGCUCAAGCUUUAGCCCAGAAUGAUACAUUGCGGAUCAUCGAUCUGAGUUGGAACCAUAUCAGAGGAGAUGGGUCAAAAUCUAUAGCUGCCUGUCUACAGAAAAACAUAGGUCUAAGGAAGCUGGAUAUUUCUUGGAACGGAUUUACGGCAGGUGAUUGUGCUAUAUUAGGGGUGACACUUAAAGAAAACACUACCCUGAAGGAAUUAGAUUUAUCUAACAAUCAUUUAGGGGACACUGCCAUCGGCUUCCUCAUGAAAGGGGUUCAGAAAAGUGAUGGACUAGAAAUCCUCAGAAUUGGAGGAAAUCUUAUCAUUCCAAAAAUGGCACUGGUGAUUUUGAAGGCAAUAGAGCAAUCAGAAUCAUGCCGAGUUCAUACAUUAGAUAUGGGGGACACAGAGGUAGAUGAAGAAUUCUUCUCCAUUGCUGACGAGCUACAAGCGAAGGGAUCGUUCGAGGUUGCACACGGCCCUGUUAUAAAGCGGAGGGACCUAAAGGCCACUGCCGUCGAUGGCAUAGAUGGCAACAUGGACGCUGUGUAUGAACUGUUUAAGUACAUGAGCGACAACAAUUAUCGUGUGAUAGAUCUUAUGAAAUGGUUAGAUAAGGAUAACAGUAUGAGUAUCAGUCGGGAUGAAUUCAAGAAAGGGAUGAUUACUGCGGAGGUUCCUUUAACUGAACACCAGCUAGACAUCCUUCUCGAUAAACUGGACGUGGACGGUGACGGAGAAGUAGACUUUAAAGAACUGUUGCUAGGGGAACGAAUGUUCAGGAGAAAAAUGCGUCAAAAGAAAGAGAGAUUGCGGUCAACGAAGGAAAAAGCUGCUGACUUAAGAAAAAUUGUUCUGGCGGCGAUCAACGAGAAACCAUAG